CCCCGGGGGGGCGGCCGCGGCUCCUCGCCCCACCCCGGGCUCUCACCGCCCCCGGCUGAAGUCCGGUGGCUCCCGUUCCGUGCCGAGCCGUGCCGGGGGGUGAGCGGGAGGGAAGACGGGGGGUGUGUGUGGGGGGGUUUGCCUUCACUCGGCGCUUCCAGCAUGCUCCUAAGAUGGCGGUAGCGGCGGCGGGCGGCGGCGGGGGCGGCCGGGCGCAGCGCAGCGGCUGGCUGGAAGUUUUGGUGCGGGAGCGCUGGCACAAAGUGCUGGCCAACUUGGGCGGCGAGGCGCUGGUGCUGAGCGGCGAGGAGCGGCCCGACGGAGCGGCCCCCAACGGCUUGGGAGGCGAUGGGGCGGCGUGCCGAGGGGCCGAAGGGGGCGGCGGGGGGCCGGCGGCGGUGCGCACCGCUUUCACCGACCCCCCCGAGCAGGUGCCCGAGGCCGUGUCCAACAAGAAGAGGUGCGUGAAGGUGCUGAAGCAGGAGCUGGGCGGGCUGGGCAUCAGCAUCAAGGGGGGCAAGGAGAACAAGAUGCCCAUCCUCAUCAGCAAGAUCUUCAAGGGGCUGGCGGCCGACCAGACCCAGGCUCUCUACGUGGGCGACGCCAUCCUGGCCGUCAACGGCACCGACCUGCGGGACGCCACGCACGACGAGGCGGUGCAGGCGCUCAAGAGGGCCGGCAAGGAGGUGCUGCUGGAAGUGAAAUACAUGAGAGAAGCAACACCCUAUGUGAAGAAAGGCUCCCCUGUUUCAGAGAUCGGAUGGGAGACACCUCCCCCAGAGUCCCCCCGGUUGGGCUGUGCGUCUGCUGACCCGCUGUCGCAGCUUUCGCUCUCCAUCCACCGAGACAGGAAAACAAUACCACUCAAGAUGUGCUAUGUGACACGCAACAUGAUGGUGUCAGACCCCGAAAACAGACUUAUUGAAGUUCAUUCACCUGAUGCCAAGCACACCGUGGUUCUCAGGAGUAAGGAUUCAGCUACAGCCCAGGCCUGGUUCAAUGCCAUCCACUCCAGUGUCAAUGAUCUCAUCCCCAGGGUGAUUGCAGAGGUCAGAGACCAGCUGGGUAAAACAGGGAUUGCUGGAAGUCGAGAGAUUAGGCAUCUAGGCUGGCUUGCAGAAAAGGUGCCAGGAGACAACGAGAAGCACUGGAAGCCAGUAUUAGUGGUCUUGACAGAGAAAGACCUCUUAAUAUAUGAGAGCAUGCCGCGGAUGAAGGAAGCUUGGUUCAGCCCUCUGCAUACGUACCCCCUCCUAGCCACCAGGUUGGUCCAUUCUGGCCCAGGGAAGGGCUCACCGCAGUCUGGGAUGGAUUUGUCUUUCGCAACCCGUACCGGUACAAGGCAAGGGAUCGAAACCCAUCUGUUCAGGACGGAGACGAGCAGAGACCUCUCACUGUGGACACGGAGCAUAGUGCAGGGCUGUCAUAAUUCUGCAGAGCUCAUCACAGAAAUCACAACAUCUUGCACAUAUAAAAGCCAGGAGUGCCGUUUGACCAUCCAUUAUGAACAUGGAUUCUCUCUUACAACCGAACCACAAGACGGUGCCUUCUCUAAGACAAUUGCACAAUACCCCUACGAGAAACUGAAAAUGUCCUCCGAUGAUGGGAUACGGAUGCUCUAUUUAGACUUUGGAGGAAAAGAUGGAGAAAUUCAACUGGACCUUCAUUCCUGUCCAAAACCAGUCGUGUUCAUCAUCCAUUCCUUCCUGUCGGCUAAGAUCACAAGACUUGGCUUGGUGGCAUAAACGGGAUACACACAUCUGAUUCUUCAAAGACUAGCGGAGCAACCCUGCUACUCGGGAAGUACACCCAACAUUAGCGACCUGCAACGGAUAACAGCCUGCACCAGACUGGGGUUCGGCACCAGGCCUCGGCCAUUUCUGGCAGCUUUUCAAGGCCCGGUUUUGAUUUUGAUCAGCUGAAGAGGUGGCAUGACAAGGAAAACGAUGGAUUUCAUUGUAAAUAGUGGGAUUUUCAGAUCCCGUCUCAGACAGUGACCGAGUGUAGUACCAUGCGUGUAAUUGUUCAGACUCAUAAGUUGUGCCUAUUUCAAUGUACUUGUUCAUAUAGAAUCAGUAAAGGGCUAAGCAGAAAGGAGUGGGUGUUGGUUAUGAUGCAAGCUCAAGGUUGUUUGAAUACAAGUUCUGUAAGAUGGUCCCACCGCCUAGAAGGCAAGUGGUUUUUCUGUUCCAGCCGUGCACCACUGACAGAUUUCUUGUGGGGAGCCCCACACUGUGCUGCUCGAAUACCCAGCAGAGCGAGCAGCUACGCAUCUUUGAGUGGGGUGCUCUGAAGCACCACAGAGCAGCAAGGAACACCAGCUGCAAGGACCGGGCCGAGGGGCACUUUCAGAUUAAAUGGUAGAGCCACCUCGUGUGCAUUGCUCACGAUGGAUGCAGUGCAGCACAAGCUGAGGGGUGCACUGGGUGCUGGCUGGCACCGAGGCAUAGGUAGGCGCCUCCUCUGUUACUGAACAAACACGAGGUGUGUUUUUCUAGUGACUUUCAAAGCAGUUCAAAUGACCUUGAGCUUCAGGUAGGAGAGCUGGAUCCAUUUUGAAAUGUGACCUAAGCUUCUGUCAGCUUGCUUCCACAUGAGAGUUUUCCAACAGAAAGUCAGCCUGAGCCAUGCCAAGAGCUUCCUGUCCUCCUACCCCAAAUUUACUAUCCCCUCAGCUCUACCGAGUCUGGUUAUAUGGUCCCCACCUUGCAAAUCUGGGCAAGGAGGAAGACUUCUUUUUAUUUUUAUUUUCUUGAAUUGAUCAAGAGCAGCUCCUCACCUCUGAGGAAGUGCACAGGGGGCAGGAACAUGCCAGAAAAACCUUAAUAUGGAACUGUCCCUGUGAGAGUGACUUGGAGCUUAGACUUCUUCUCUGCUGCUAGAUCAUGCGACAUUAAGAACUAGUGAAUAAAGGAUUUGUCAUCUUUAGACUAAGUUCAUACUAAGUGCAUUGGGGUGCAAGUCCAGAUUUAUUCCUUGCUGGUAAAACUUGCUUAGGAAGGUCACCUCUGUACACAUACCUUAUGGUCUCCUGUUCUGCACCACAACUUACUAAGUCAGAACAGUCACAGCUAAGCUUGAGCCCUGUUCACAGUUAGGUUGAGGGCACCAGGGCAGGCCAGCUGCUCUUCACUGCAGGAUGAUACAACUUGCACCCGGAGCUACUAAAUUGGCUCAGUGUGGUUGGGUGGGAAUAGAAAGAAGCAGAACAAGGGUUGCAUUUAUAUUGCUCUUAAAUUUUAAAUUGCACUGCUUUAGGUAGGGUUGUUUGCUUUUAGAGUUUUGCCCUAAAUUCCCACUUUGAAGGACAGGAAAUGUAUAGGAAGUGAUAAAUGAGAAGUAUGUAGAAAUUCACUUUUCAUACUCCAACAUUUGUUUUAUUCUUCAGAAAGCCAGUAUACUUCAGUGUAACAUCACUUGGCUAGCAAAGAAGAAAAUUAAAAACAGAGUUCGGUCCUAUGUUGCUUUUAAACUGAGUCUUGAGAGUAAAGAGUAAGUCCUGCUGGUUUUUCAGUGUAGGAAUUAGCUUGUGGUGGUUUCCAUAGGUAUCCUAAUCAUCAAAACUAAUUUAAAAUUUAGACUGAAAUACUGAAAACAAUUAUUUUAGCCCAUUAGCUAAGCUGACGUUUGGGACACCAGCCCCACUCCCAGCGCCUCUCUCCAGUGAGAAGUCUGGAAGGCGAUCUACCUGCCUGUGAACGUUGUUUUUACUGUCAUGGUACUUGCGCUUAAAACUUAAUUCCUCGUGUAAGAUCACAAGUUAGGAGCUAUGUUACAUAACUUACUGAUAAUUUCCAAAUGUAUGUCUUUUGCUUUGCUCCCACUGCCAGUCACGUACCUUUCUGUAGCAGUUAUUUAGGUCUCCUUUGGCUUGGAAGCUUCUAGGAUGUAACGUCUUCUGAGAGGCUGAGAGCAGUCGGUACGCUGGGGGACUGGGCUCCGAACAUGAUCUCGGAUCACAUUGUCAAGUAAAACGUGUGAAGUUUUUUAAAAAGUGAUUUGAGGACGCUGUGUGCAAAGUGUUUUAUUGCUGUUCCAAAGUAUAACUUAAAAGUUUGGACCCAGGCUCCUAUAAAAGUUCCUGAGGUUAAAGUGAGAACUUGCAUAUCAUGGGGUAGGUUAAAUACACAUGUAACUGUACUGCACUAUUUCCUUAUUCUUUUCACACUUACAGAUCACUGGAAUGUUAUACCUAACCUUAUGUGCGUUGUAAAUAGUACAAAUUCCUAUAUUAGUACCAACCAGUAAAUUACACAACAUGUAAUCUAAGGUGCUCAGUACUAUAUGAAGUAUAAGUGAAUAACUAAACAGUUUGCAAAGAAAGUUCAUAUUAUAUAUAUUUAUAGAAAAGAAUAAUGAUAAUUACAGAUGCUAUUUCUUCAUUUUUAGAUUUUGGACUGAUUCAUAUUUGGAUGGGAUAGACAAAUGAAAUAUGGACCUACUCCACAUUUAUAAGAGUAUAGUGAAUAUUUAUAUUUUAGAGGAAAAGAAUAUAUUUAAUAAAGUCAUUUAUUGGAUUUUUGUGAGGUAAGCUUACUUUGUACCCAAACAAGGUGUUUAGAAGACUGUCCUUUGGUUUGGGGCUGGGGAACGCAUGUUCUAAACCUCAGUCAUUCUGUAGGAAUUCAGUUACUUGAAAGAGCCAUUCAUCAUAUCGACAGAAUGACUUUUUAAAAUAAUUAUAAAGAAGUAUUAAUGUACUGUAAUGGCACGUUGAUGCUUUUUAUUAAAUAAACGUUAUUCCUAUGACAGUCUGAAAGCAUAUUAAAUAGCGUAUUGUUUUGCUGCUGGCGUUUACUGAGAGGCCAAAGGGCCGUUCUGGGCAAGGCCGUUCAGACUCACCUGCUGAAGUUACGAUGCUUUCUCUGUUGCUUAUACUUAACUGGGCAGUUCCAGCAGCUACAAAAAACUUCUGCUUGAGCCUCUGCAUUCAAGGAGUGGGGCCAAAACGUGCCUUGGUUAGUUCUUAUGAACAGUUAAGGAAAACAAGAACGUUUGCUUCCUCUCUACUUUAAUUCUUAACCUAGUGGCCCAAAUAGCUAACUGUGGGUUGUAAGUCUGUUCUGUCAGUGUUACAGAGCUGUGGCAGAGCAGCCUCAUGGAAAUCCUAAAAAGGGGUAGUUGUAGAGUUUCACUCGUCACAAGAUACUGACUGUAGGUUGGACAUUCUGAUCAGGAGGUCUGUGUAGAAGCUUCACCGUUAGAAAGACUUGGCUACAUAUUGGAACAUAUGUUACUGGAAAAAUGUGAUAUAAGGUGUUUGUUAAAAAAUAAAAAAAAUAAAAUAAAUCUGA